UACAAAUGGAACAAGAACUCCCUCAAACCGUCUCCGGGCACCAAAACGACGCCGUAGAAGACGAUGACGACGCACCGACUCUAAGCCUUGAAGCCUUGGAAGCUCUCAAGGAGUUCCUGACCGAGCAAAGCCACUCCCUAAACGACACCGCCGGCGAAACAGCUCCGGCUCUGAUCUCGGAGGACUGGCGGAUGAGCCAGUUCUGGUAUGACCACCACACCGCCCAAACCCUAGCCCAAGAGGUUCUCACUCUCCGCAAAUCGGACUCCACUCGAGUCGCCUGUGUCGCCUGUCCCUCUCUCUACGCCUAUCUCAAGAAUAUUGAUUCGGAUGUGUCUGUACAACUGCUUGAGUAUGAUACAAGGUUUGAGCAGUACGGGAGUGAUUUCACGUUCUAUGAUUAUAAUCAACCGGAAGAUUUGCCUUUCGAGCUCAAGCAUGGUUUUGAUAUUGUAGUUGCUGAUCCUCCUUAUCUGAGUCAGGAAUGCUUGGAGAAAGUCUCUAAAACUGUUUCGUUUCUUGCGCGACCGGAAAAUCCUUACCUGCUCCUCCUCACAGGAGAGGUGCAGAAAGAGAGAGCAGCUGAGCUCAUGGGAUUGCAUCCAUGUGGUUUUAGGCCUCGGCACUCCAGCAAACUAGGAAAUGAGUUUCGGUUGUUCACAAGUUAUGAUCCUGAGACUAGAUUAGGAGGGUGGGACAAUUAGGAGCUCUCUUCUCAUGUGACCUGGCAUUGAUUCAAUAGCUAAGCAAUUGAAAUUUUUUGCCUGCCAAGUGCAAUUGUGGGUGCUACGAAGAUCAUGCUUUGUGGUCAUGUGGUGGAAGCAGUGCAGUAUGUUUUCCCCUCCUUGUCUGCGUCAUAAUACCUCGUAGUUCAAUGCCCUAACCUGACUUUUUGAAGCCAAAGUUUAAUUUGCCGUGUUGACUUGCAUCAUGCAAAGUUAUUUAUUUCUUGCAUCAUGCAAUUAUCUCUGUUUGUAUCAUUUAAGAAUAACUGAGUAGCAGGUAUAUGAAGCUCAGAAGAGAUAAUUGCUAUUGGUCAUGUUGAGUUUCUCUUGAUGUCAUGUAACUUGAUAGCAAAUCGAUAUUUGAAGAUUUCCUUUUUUUUUCCUUUUUAAUGGCAUUUAGCCAUUUACAGCUUUGAGCUCUUAACAAUUUGGCCUUCACAUUAGAGAUACUGUUACUUGAUCUAAAGUUUUGCUGAGAAACCCUUACAGUUCAGUCUUCAAAAUGAUCAAACCCAGAAAGACAGUAAUCCAUUAUCCAUCCAUGGCGUAGAGAAGCGUGAUGUUUGGAGAUCGCAUGCAAGGAUGUAGAAGAAGUUUUGUCUACUCGAUAAAAUGAUAAAUGGCUUCUCCCUGUGCCUGCUAGUUAUUAAGUGGUUUCAUCCCUGUCGUUGUGGUUGCGAUCCCUUGACUUGUUUGGAUAUGUAAACCGUGUUAGCUGAUUGGCAUACCUGGUAGAGACAGAGAGACCUGCAUGACAUUAAUUAACAUCAUGAAAAUCAUCAUGAUUGAGAUGGAGGGAGAUAGACAGAUAUUAAAUAUUUUGCGGUUUUAAUUACCUACCACAAGGUGUUCGUUUGGUUCAUGAAAAUGAAAGUAAUUCAUUUGUCUUUCCAAAUGAAGGGAAAGAUUAGGAAAAAUUCAUUUCCCACAAACUUGUUGUUGUUUUAUCUUUUUCUUAGGCCUCGUUUGAUUCGUUCAAAGAAAAACGUUCAUUCGCCUUUCGCAUGGCAAGGAAAAAAGAAUGGAAAUAGAAUUUUUGAAGAACUUUUGUUAGAAAGUUAUUUCAAAAAGUUUGAAAUUAAUGUA